AUGAACGAUGGGAUAGGCAGGAUAUCGAAAGCGCUCGCGAUGAAGAUCGCCUCAAAACUGGGUCUCACAGAGCUUCCGUGUGCUUUCCAGGCACGGUUAGGCGGUGCAAAAGGAAUGUGGAUUAUCGACAGCGACCCAAUCCUUGGAGACGGAGACUGGAUUGUCACGUAUGCAUCUCAAAUCAAAUGGGAUUGUGAUCAUGAAGACAGCCAUCACCGCACUUUCGAAGUCAAGGAAUGGUCAAAAGAGCCCAGGCCUGCGUCAUUGAAUCAACAGUUCAUACCAGUCCUGGAGGCUCGGGCUAUCAACCCAUACAAGAUGCGAGAUACUAUUUCAGCCCAUCUGCGUCGCGGGCUGUUAGAGGAACUUGCUGCACAAAGGACGGCAAUGGAAGACUCCGCGGAGUUGAGACUCUGGUUACAGCAAGGUGGCGGGUCAAAACCAGAGGGACUCGAUAAUAGUAUGGCUUUUCUGGGUUGUCUUCCACGAGACCCGAAGAAAGUGAUGGCCGUCCUCUUAGAUUCUGGUUUUCAUCCGAAAAGCUGCAAGUAUCUACAGGAUCUCUUCCGGGACGCUGCACGGGAUCGAGCAGCAUUCCUGAAAGCAAAGAUGAAAAUCUGUGUGCCCUGUUCUGCCUACCUUCUUAUGGUUGUCGACUUCUCAUCGACAUUAGAAGAGGAUGAAGUUCAUGUAUCGUUUUCCACAAAAUUCCAAGUGGAUGGUUUCUGCGACACACUCUUAGAGGGAAUGGAUGUGCUUGUAGCCAGAGCGCCAAGCCACUUGCCGAGCGACAUUCAACGGGUAAAGGUUGUCUCGAGACCUCAACUAAGACACUUGAAGGAUGUUAUUGUCUUUUCUACGAAGGGCCGGUCAUCUCUUGCUGAUAAACUGUCUGGUGGGGAUUAUGAUGGAGAUCGCGCCUGGGUCUGCUGGGACCAAGAGAUUGUCGAAAAUUUCUGCAAUGCAGCCAUGCCAGGCGAUGACACAGAUCCAGAGAAAUUGGGUCAUUUAAGAAAGCUGAACAGAUCGAUGGCUCAGAUUCGCCAAGAAGAGACUGGUGACGAGCGCGUGUGCGCCAAAUUCCUUCGCGAGUCAUUCGCUUUUAACAUGCAACCAUUUCUCCUUGGAAAGUGUACUGACUACAAAGAGCGCUAUUCCUAUCAUACCAAGAGCGUCUCCAGCAAGAAUAUUCUCAUAUUGAGCAGGUUGUUGGGAUGCCUGGUAGACCAGCCAAAACAAGGAUAUAUUUUUACAACUUCUGAUUGGGACCAAUUCCGUCAGGACCUGCAGAUACCGAAGUUUCUAGAUGAUCCAGGAUACAUGCUAGAUCGUUCGUCUUAUAAUAUUUCCAAACAAGCGAACCCGCAUAUCCUUGAUCAUUUAAAGCACGUGGUUGCGGAAAGAACAAUUACAGAAGCUCUUAAGGAGUUGGGAAAAACUCUUAAAAGCUACGAAGCCACCUAUUAUGAUGAGCACCUGACAAGACUGUUUAAUUUUUAUAAUGAGCAGUAUGGUCAGUAUAUGACUAGAGCUACGUGGGCCAAAGUUCGGGAUGCUCUCAGGGGAGACAUGGAGUCUGUUUUAAAGCUAUGGGCGAAUACGCUUAACAAGGAUAAAGAUUAUGUUGCCAUUGUCGGGUCAAUUUACCAGCAAUGGCGUGAAAUUCAGCCACUAGCAACCGAGAGAUCCUCCGACUUGGUUCAACAUCUUCUUCAGCCUUACAUGGCGGACCGCCAGUCAACUUUGUGGGAGCUACUCAAAGCCUCUUUUGCAUUUAAAGUAUUCCCCAAACAUAGAACCACUUUUCUUUGGAAAAUGGCGGGGCGACAGCUUGCUAUGCUGAAGGCAAUGACGUCUCACAGCGCAGCCAUGACUUCUUGCGUCCUUGUGGUGCCAGGACUUUAUGGUGUGCUUAAGCCAGAUAAAAGAUUAAUCACUACCAGACGAGCGCAGCGAUUAGCAGAAACAGCGGGUAUUUACAACUUGAGCGCGGGCGACUUAGAGGCACUAGAGUUUUGGCAUGAUGAUGUAGACAUGGAUGAAGAAACGGAUGAUUAA